CCUCACCAAAAAAAAUUCUGGGGACAGAUUUCUCAAUGCGAGCAAUUGUUUGAUUAAUCUGCCAUAAUUUGUCUAAGAAACAUACACAAUGCAUCUCUUUCUUGUGCCUCCAUGUUCCCCUUGUACCUAGUGGGUCUCUCGACAAACGGUACAAUUGCUGUUUUAGGUGGGGGUAUUCGAAAGCCCUAUAUCUCCAUUCACAAUAUCUGCUUUUCCAUCCACAUCGGUCGUUUCAGUCGUUCUCUGUCGAAAUUCCACAAUAUCUGUUUGCGCCCCACCCCACCACCUACCAAAAAAACUUCAGUCUUUCCUUUCCCUCAACGAGUUCCUGCAUCUCGGACCAAGUAUCACUCUAUGGAUACCUUUUUUGCCAAUGCCCUGGUAAGGGCAAGUCUAUGCAAGAACCAUUCCAACACGUACCCGUUAGUUGGUCGUACUGGCUUUUAUUUUCCACCAAGGAGAUCAUUGAUCCUCUCCGGUGGAAGUUCUGACGCUUACAAGUGUGGGCCUAAUGAUAGACCAAUAUCAUGGAAAGAGACUAGAGAUGAAUUACGCUCAAUUGCCGACCCUUACUGGCGUCGCCGCCUGGAAUUUCCUCCACCCGUGCCGCCAUAUCUACGAAGAGCCAGAGCAGCUCAAGGCCGAAUACUACCUGCACGAUAUCUUGACGAUCCGCGGGAGCAGAAGUGCUUGGAGGAGUUUCUCGAAUACCUCAUCGACCCCGAGACCCCACAUACCGUACUCUACGAACUCUAUAACAAACUCCCUCCCCCUCGACCUAUCCUCUUAAAUCAGGAGGAGUUGGACAUGUUGGUAGCAAGGUUUAUGUCAGUCCCUGAACGAAAUAUGGAAGCUACAACCCGAUAUCUUGCUAUCCUGGACCAGAUGAAGGCCUGCGAUCUGCCCAUAUCUCGAAAUGAGUGGAAUGCAGCCAUCUCUUUCAUCUCCCGUUCUUUUAAUGAUGUCACAACCACAGAAACCCAGUCAGCAAUAGCUUUGUGGGACGAAUCUGAGAAGUACCAAGGAGGAAUCCGAGCCAAUACCACCACGUUCAAUGUCCUUCUCGAUGUGGCGUCGAGAUCCCCAACACCGCUGCUUACAGAUAUGAUUCUUAAAGAGAUGCAAAAUCGCGAACUAAAGCCCGACAGGUUUACCUACACCACAUUGAUAACCUACCAUGGGAUUUGCGGCGACGGGGAAAAGGUCAGAGAGACAUAUCGAGAGUUGGUGGACUCAGGGGAAGUAGUAGACACAGUUGUCCUAAAUGCGGUAAUGACAGCCAUGAUCAGAGUGAAGGAGCACGGGUCCGCCGAGUACAUAUACCAGAGAAUGAGACAAACAUUGUUUGAUUCUGGGACGACCGAGAAACCGCCGGGUCAAGAUGAUAUCCUAGGCCAGAGAAGGUGGGCAAGAAAUCUAAAGCAGGUGGCGAUGAAUAGGAGGGUUGUGGAGGACUACAUGAAGACGUUCAACGUCUCCCUUGCGCCGGAUAUCAUCACCUUCAACAUGCUUAUACACCUUCAAUGUCAAGUGGGAAACUACGACCGGGCAAUGGAAUUAGUGAAAGAGAUGGAGGAGUGCAAAGUCGGUUAUGACGAGACAAUUUCGGUGGCUCUGCUCAAGGGGUUCUUUUGGCACGGUGGGACAAGCUAUUCCAACUGGAGUGUUCCAAGAUUGGAAGAACUUCUACGACUGAUAUUCGAUAAAGAGAAGGGGCAUAAGUUGGGGCCAAAUCUAUCGGGGUGGAUAUUAAAAACAGUGGCAAGGGUGUGUAAUAGUCGGGCAAGGGUAUUCAUGAUCUUGGAGGCUAUUGUGGCGAAGCGAGAGUUAGACGGUGAAGAGCUGGAUGAACACAUUGCGGGUAUAGCCAGGGAGAUAGUGGGGGGAACUGCAUGGAAUACAUGGUUAGAGGUGCAAAAGCAAAAAACUGGUGAUGGAAUGAAAUAA